CUGGCCGCUGUGGCCUGCACUUGUCGUGCAACAGCCACUCAGCCCCCUCUGCUUCGCCCUUCACACACCCUUCCCUCACCUCCACCUCCUCCACCGUCAACUGCUCUAUCUGUUGAUUGCAUAUGUAUAUAAACCCGAGCACUUUUCAUUUCCCCUGGACAUGUAUGUGGUCCAUUUUUUGUGCCUUUGUGUUCUGCGGGUUACUUUUUUUUGCCGAUAUCCUGCCUGUUCCCACGACGCACUCCCGUUCGCCGGCGGGUCAACUAUCGAGCGCGAGUCCGUCACCUCCUCCUCUUCGUCUGUACCGUGCCUUCCUUGCGUGUGCGUUUUUGUUUGCCGUGCAUCUUUGCCUCUCUUUGUCGUGCUCGAAUCCUGCCUGACUGACCCCGUAUUGGUGUAUCUCGCCCCGAGAACCAGUUGCCGUCCUUGGCCUCAUACCUUUUCCCUCCGGUAUGGUAUUC